AUGGAACACUACCAGUCGUUACUAAAUCUUGAAAAAGUAGAAGUCGUGGCAAACCUUGAAGCAUUUGAGUGCCCAGUUUGCAUGGAAAGUUAUGACGCAGGCGAAGGAAUUGUAUUACGAGAAUGUCUUCAUACAUUUUGCAAACCAUGUAUUACUAGUGUCAUCAAAUUUAGCCAAGACGUCCAGAUUAGUUGUCCUUACCAAAAUUCGGAAUACAGCUGUGAAAGCACGAUACAGCACCGGGAGAUUAAAGGACUUGUUAGCCAUGAAGAUUUCGAAAAGCAUCUCGCCAAAUCUUUGCGGCAGGCGGAAUUCGUCGUAGAAAACACAUUCCAUUGUCAAACACCAAACUGCGUUGGAUGGUGGACUUAUGAGAGCAAUGUGAAUUUUUACAAAUGCUCGAUUUGUGGGAUUGUCAAUUGUACAGACUGUAAGGCCGUUCACGAAGGGAUGGAGUGUUUGGAUUACCAAACCACGAAACAAAUUGGAAACCUACAUGACGGUUCUGCAGAUACAGUUUUGCAAAUGAUACGGGAAGGUCUGGCGAUUCCAUGUCCAACUUGUAAUGUGGCAGUUACGAAAACCGGGGGUUGCGAUAGCGUCAUAUGCAGUAUGUGUAAAUUGGAGAUCUGCUGGGCUACGCGCGGUCCUCGAUGGGGUCCGAAUGGAACCGGUGAUACAAGCGCUGGGUGCCGGUGCGGGAUCAAUGGAAAAAAGUGCCAUCCGUCUUGUUCGGACUGCCACUGA